AUGCAAGCCAUAAGCCUUGACGCUAGUAUAAUUGCUCAAUCAUGGCUUUCCGUACCUGGCAACCCCCUUAUCAAGUGGCCCUCGCUCUCGCCGCCGCCGUCACCGCCUCCCACUCUCCCUCCCCCAAACCCUAACCCUAAUUUCGACCCCAAAUUUUCAGAAAAUGACUUCUCCACAAUCACUAAGCUCCUCACCGACCCAAGCAUCUUUCCCGGUGCUUCGCUUCGGAGCGCAUUGGACCGGGUCGGAAUCGACCCGAGUCCGAGUCUGGUACAGGCUGUGUUCGACCACUUCGAUUCGUCUCCGAAAUUGCUGCACACGCUGUUUGUUUGGGCUGAGGAGCAGCCGGGGUUUCGGUGCUCAGUGAAGCUCUUCACCUCAGUGAUCAAUGUGCUUGCCAAGGCUAGGGAGUUUGAGUCUGCGUGGUCUAUGAUUCUGGAUCGAAUCGGCGGAGAUAAGGAGGCUGGGUUGGUCUCUGUUGAUGCGUUCGUGAUCAUGAUCAGACGGUAUGCUCGUGCAGGUCAACCGCAAUCAGCAAUUCGAGCUUUUGAAUUUGCGACUAACUUAGACUCAUUUCUGAGUUCUGAAUCAGAAAUGAGUUUGUUUGAAAUCUUACUGGAUUCCCUUUGUAAGGAAGGUCUUGUGAGGGUGGCUACAGAGUAUUUUGAUGGGAAAAGGAAGUCGCAUCGAGAUUGGAUUCCAUCUGUUCGGGUUUAUAAUAUACUGUUGAAUGGGUGGUUUCGAUCGAGGAAGCUGAAGAAGGCAGAGCGGCUUUGGGUGGAGAUGAAGAGUGACGGUGUGAAACCUAGUGUUGUGACGUAUGGUACACUUGUAGAAGGAUAUUGUCGGAUGCGUCGUCCUGAAAUUGCAAUGGAGUUGGUGGGUGAGAUGAGAAGGGAAGGAGUUGAGCCGAAUGCAAUUGUGUUCAAUCCAAUAAUUGAUGCUUUGGGGGAAGCUGGGAGGUUCAAGGAGGCAUGGGGUAUGAUGGAGCGGUUUUCGGUUCUGGAAUCAGGCCCCACUAUUUCAACGUAUAAUUCUCUGGUAAAGGGCUACUGCAAGGCUGGAAAUCUUGUAGAGGCUAGUAGGAUUCUUAAGAUGAUGAUAAGCAGGGGUAUUGUACCAACUCCAGCAACCUAUAACUAUUUCUUUAGGUACUUUUCAAAGUCUGGGAAAAUUGAGGAAGGAAUGAACCUCUAUACCAAAAUGAUUGAAUCUGGGUAUACCCCAGAUCGUCUUACUUUCCAUCUUUUGUUGAAGAUGUUAUGUGAAGAGGGAAGAUUGGAUUUGGCUGUUCAAGUUAGCAAGGAAAUGAGAACUAGGGGAUGCGAUAUGGAUCUAGCUACGAGUACCAUGUUGAUUCAUUUGCUCUGCAAGAUGAAUAAAUUCAAAGAAGCUUUGUCAGAGUUUGAGGACAUGAUACGCAAGGGUUUAGUUCCGCAGUAUCUAACUUUCCAGAACAUGAAUGAUGAACUAAGGAAACAAGGGAUGACUGAAAUGGCACGAAAGCUGUGCGCCCUGAUGUCUUCUGUUCCUCAUUCUACAAAGUUGCCAAAUACAUAUGUCAAAGAUAGAGAUGAAUCUCAUGAAAGGAGAAAAUCUAUAAUUAAGAAGGCUGAAGCAAUGUCUAAGGUGUUGAAAACUUGUUCAGAUCCAAGAGAACUCGUCAAGCAUAGAAGUUCGCCGGAGAGUGUUGAAUCAAGAGCAAACCGGUUAAUAGAGGAUAUCAAGACAAAAGCUAACAUCAAAUGAUAUCUUUUCUCCAUUCUCUGGUAACAGUGCUCAAGGUUUGGAUGCGGUUGGCAAUCUUCGCAGGGAAGGUAAACACCAGUUAUCUACUGAAGCAACAGUUUUGUAGUUUGUUGUAGUGUAGUGAAAUGUUUGCUUAAAUACUUUUAAGCUUUAGCUCAUUUCACUAUUAAAGCUAGUUAUUAGAAGUUUGUACAUGUUGGAUGAAUGUCAUCACACUCAUGAUCACAUCAUCCAUUUGUAGUGUUGGUCAUGGUGGAAUGGAUUCACAGUGUGUGGCACUUAUUUCGAUUGCCCUAGUCAAAUCAUCAUCCAUGAUAAAAGGCCUGUAAGGGCAAUUGGGAAAAAGCCUGAGGAGAUAGAUUUCAUUGUAUUGUCAUCAGAUUUGCUUUCACCAGAUCAUAAGAUAUGCCUUUAUCUUUUGCUGGCUAAUAGUACAUCUUUCAGUUCGCCGUAGUUUUUCCCGAGAUAACUACACAACCCCCACUCCCCCAGAACCCAUUGGGCAAAAGCCUUAAGAUUUAUCCAACACUGUAGGCUACCGAAGGUGCAGAAUUGCAUUAGUACGUUCAGGUGUGCUUGAGUGGGAAUCUUUGGGUCACCUCACCAGAACUUCCAAGACAAAGAAAAGGAGGAAUGAUUACCUUACGCACAAGGAGGACUUAGUUACCAGUUUACCAAUAGCCACUUGGAGGGUCCGUUAGGUAAUGAUAACCAUGUGAUUAAUAGUUAAUCACUUGGUUUUCAAAUGAUGAUGUUUGAGUGAGAUGGGCAAGAGAAACGAGGAUGGAUUAGGUUAGGCUU